AUGACAACGAAAACAGAAAUUGCCCCAGAAAUCAUAAGUACCAGGCCAGAAUUAGGCGAGCUCAUAGAAAGAGUGGUCAAUGUUACUAACAAUGCAUUAUCACCUAUUGUCCCAAUGCUCGGUGUGGUCAUCUCUUUAAUAAAUGAAAUAUUUGAAAUCCAUGAGAAUGCUCAAUCCAAUAGGAGCAUGUCCAGAUCUAUAAUUAACCGCAUGAUAUCUGUCGAAACAGCCAUAAAAUCAUGGAAAUCACAGAUCAAAUGUGACGAAAAAUUCCGAGACUUACAGCAUCAAGAAUUAUUUGUUAAAUUUCAAUCUGUUCUGAAGAAGAUUAAAAUAACAGAUGACUCGAUCCCACAACUUGAUCCAAUCUUGCUAAAGGAUCCGUUAAUUAUCCACAAAUCAGAUUAUAGCGAUAAAUUAGAACAAAUAAUAAAAAAGGUCUAUAAAGGUUUCAUCGAGGUUGCGUGCAAAUCACGUGAUCCAGAUAAACAUAAGUUUCGGCGUGAGUUAUUAAUUCUAGGGAAACUAGGUGAAUGCCAGAAUAUUGAAAAAUUUUACGGGCUUUCCAAAAUUGAUGGGAAAGAGGUCAUGAUUUUCGAGUGGGUCGAAAUGGGAAAUUUGAGAGAGAUCUAUAACCAAGAAAGCUCAAACUGU